UCAUUCUGACUGAUAGUUAAGUUGGUACAAUCGCAAGCAUGGAGGAGGCAAAAAGCAAAGACAAAAAGCAAACUGAAAAGAUAGAGGAGAAGGAGAAAGACAAAGAAAAGGGGCAGCAGCCUGCGGGGAAGGAUAAGAAGGAAGAUCAAGAACUGUCUGAAGAAGAUAAGCAGUUGCAAGAAGAUUUGGAGUUGAUGGUAGAGAGAUUGAGUGAGAAGAACACAGCUCUGCACCGUGCUGCCCUGGAGGAGUUGCGCAGACAGAUCCGUUCCUCCACUACCUCCAUGACCUCAGUGCCCAAGCCCCUCAAAUUCCUGCGCCCACACUAUGCCAAACUCAAAGAGGUCUAUGAUUGCAUGGCUGUUGGUGAGAACAAGCGUUUUUGCGCUGACGUGGUGUCAGUACUGGCCAUGACCAUGAGUGGGGAGAGGGAAUGUCUGAAAUACCGUCUGCUGGGUUCCCAGGAAGAGCUUGCCUCUUGGGGUCAUGAAUACGUCAGGCAUCUGGCAGGCGAGGUUGCCAAAGAGUGGCAGGAGGUGGAGGAGAAUGACAAGACCCAGCAAGAGACCCUGCUGAAGCUGGUGAAGGAGAUUGUGCCUUACAACAUGGCACACAAUGCUGAACAUGAGGCCUGUGACCUGCUGAUGGAGAUAGAGAGGCUAGAUAUGCUGGAGGACUACAUUGAUGAGAAUGCCUAUGCCAAGGUCUGCCUUUACCUCACCAGCUGUGUGAGCUACGUUCCGGAGCCAGAGAAUUCUGCACUGCUGAAGUGUGCACUGAAUAUCUUCAGGAAAUUCAACCGGUACCCAGAGGCCCUGCGUCUGGCCCUGAUGCUCAAUGAUGUGGAGCUGGUGGAAAAUAUCUUCACAUCCUGCAAGGAUAUUGUUAUCCAAAAGGAGAUGGCCUUCAUGCUGGGUCGCCAUGGCAUGUUCCUGGAGCUCAACGAGGAUGUGGAGGACUAUGAAGACCUGACAGAGAUCAUGUCCAAUGUCCAGCUCAACAGCAAUUUUCUGGCCCUGGCGAGAGAGUUGGAUAUCAUGGAACCCAAAGUCCCUGAUGACAUCUACAAAACACACCUGGAAAAUAAUAGGUUUGGAGGCAGUGGCUCCCAGGUGGACUCCGCCCGCAUGAACUUGGCCUCCUCUUUUGUCAAUGGCUUUGUCAAUGCAGCCUUCGGCCAGGAUAAGCUGCUCACAGAUGACGGCAAUAAGUGGCUUUACAAGAACAAGGACCACGGCAUGUUGAGUGCUGCAGCCUCUCUGGGUAUGAUCCUGCUGUGGGAUGUGGAUGGUGGUCUGACCCAGAUUGACAAAUAUCUUUACUCCUCUGAAGACUAUAUUAAGUCUGGUGCUCUCUUGGCCUGUGGAAUUGUCAACUCUGGGGUGAGGAAUGAAUGUGACCCUGCCCUGGCCCUGCUAUCAGAUUAUGUUCUCCACAACAGCAACGUCAUGAGGAUAGGAGCCAUCUUUGGACUUGGCCUGGCAUAUGCUGGCUCUAACAGAGAGGAUGUACUGUCGUUGCUGAUCCCUGUAAUGGGAGACUCCAAAUCAAGCAUGGAGGUGGCUGGUGUGACGGCUCUGGCGUGCGGUAUGAUUGCUGUAGGGUCUUGUAAUGGCGAGGUGACCUCCACUAUCGUCCAUACCAUCAUUGAUAAGAGCGAGCAGGAGCUGAAAGACACAUAUGCUCGCUGGCUUCCACUGGGCCUCGGACUCAACCACCUGGGUAAAGGAGAGGCAAUUGAGACCACUCUGGCAGCUCUACAAGUUGUUCCUGAACCCUUCCGCAGCUUCGCCAACACAUUGGUGGACAUCUGUGCCUAUGCAGGCUCUGGCAAUGUGCUGAAGGUCCAGCAACUGCUCCACAUCUGCAGUGAACACUAUGAGGCCAAGGAGAAGGAAGACGACAAGGACAAGAAGGAUAAGAAGGACAAGGAGAAGAAGGAGACCCCUGCUGACAUGGGCUCCCACCAGGGUGUUGCUGUUCUUGGUAUUGCACUCAUUGCUAUGGGAGAGGAGAUUGGGUCAGAAAUGGCACUACGGACAUUCGGACAUCUGCUACGGUACGGAGAGCCAACCCUAAGAAGGGCUGUGCCCCUGGCCUUGGCUCUCAUAUCUGUGUCUAACCCUCGCCUCAACAUCCUUGACACACUCAGCAAGUUUUCCCAUGACGCUGACCCUGAAGUCUCUCACAACUCUAUCUUUGCCAUGGGCAUGGUGGGCAGUGGCACAAACAAUGCCCGUUUGGCUGCCAUGCUGCGACAAUUGGCACAGUACCAUGCCAAAGACCCCAACAACCUCUUCAUGGUGCGACUGGCUCAGGGUCUGACUCACCUGGGCAAAGGCACAUUGACGCUGUGUCCCUACCACAGCGACAGGCAGCUUAUGAGUCAAGUAGCCGUUGCCGGACUGCUCACCGUCCUUGUCUCCUUCCUCGACGUUAAAAACAUAAUCCUGGGGAAGUCUCAUUACGUUCUUUAUGGCCUGGUAGCAGCCAUGCAGCCACGUAUGCUGGUUACCUUCGAUGAGGAGCUCCGACCACUGCCUGUAUCUGUCAGAGUUGGACAGGCUGUUGAUGUAGUGGGCCAGGCAGGCAAACCAAAGGCCAUCACAGGUUUCCAGACCCACACCACACCUGUGUUGCUGGCCCAUGGAGAGAGGGCUGAGCUGGCCACAGAGGAGUACAUCCCUGUCACACCUAUUCUUGAGGGCUUUGUCAUCCUCCGCAAGAACCCCAACUACGAAACCUAGACUGACCACACCGCCUUCCCAAUGCCAUGCCCUCUUUUACUCUUGUGUUGCUGAACACUGGCCGCUCCCUGUGUUUGUAGGGGUAGCCCUCGAUGGCUCUUCUCAGUCCUUCCCUUUUGUAUUUUACUUGUUAUUCCAUGGCUAAAAAGAGCCAGGUAGGCCUACCCUUCUGCCUCUCUUGUCUGUGACCGAGCUCCAUCAGUCAUUAAAGAUGAAUGGCUGGGGUCUGGUUAAUUAGACUGGUAUGAAACAUGUGGGAUAGACUGGGGCCUCAUUCACUCUGCAUUGAUGGUUUUCUCUGCUCAUUUGGAUUUGUCCCAAAUCUCCCAAUUACUGAACCAACUGUUUUAUGCUGUGUGUAUCACUGAUAUGGGGCCAGCUCAAAAGAAGGAACUGUUCACAACCUUUUUGGGUAUAAACAGAAGAUAAAUAAGAAUUGCUCAGUCUACAUCAAUAUCUUUUCUGGUGUGUUUUUUUUUUCUUCCUCACAUCAAUUCUUUUUGUAAGUAGAGUGGGGGAAAGUGUCUUCAGUUUUUGUUUUCUUUAUUGUUACAAUACUGUAAAAGGUUUAAUAAAAAAAUAAAUACAUGUAGAUCAGUUGGAAUUAUGAUA